AUGUCAAAUAAAAUUGACGAAAAGGAGGUGAUAAGUUCGGUCGAAGUUAUUUCAUCUACUGAUAGCGAAAAAUCAGAUGAAAAUCCCUUCCUCGACCCAUACAACGCUGAAUACUACCGGAAAUUAUACGAAGAAUGUAGUUAUGAAUGCCGUGAAGCAUUUGAUCCCGAAUUUACAUGGUCCUUACAGGAAGAAAAGAAACUACUGAGAAAACUUGAUUGGAGAGUUGCUAUCCCUGCUUGUAUCAUGUUCGUUGCUCUUCAGGUUGACAGGGGAAACCUCGCACAAGCAGUGGCUGAUGAUUUUCUUGUUGAUAUGGGAAUGACUACGAAUGACUACAACAUCGGUAAUCAAAUAUUUUUCGCAAGCUUUCUGGUUGCCGAGGUGCCUUCCCAACUUAUUUCAAAGAAGCUAGGACCUGACAGGUUUGUUCCCCUUCAAAUGGUAGCAUGGAGCAUCGUUUCGAUGUGCCAAUCUGCCAUGAAGGGUAAGGUCGGAUUUUAUAUCACUCGUUGUCUAAUUGGUCUACUAGAAGGGGGAUUUAUUGCCGACCUUGUAUUGUGGUUGAGUUAUUUUUACAAGUCAAAAGAGCUUCCAAUACGCUUAUCUUGGUUUUGGACAACUCUUUCACUAGUUCAAAUUGUUACUGCGUUGCUCGCUUUUGCUAUUUUGAGAAUGAGGGGACUUGCUGGAUUAGCAGGAUGGAGAUGGCUUUUUCUCUUGGAAGGAAUAUUCACACUGCUGAUUGGUAUAGGUGCAUUCUACUUGAUGGUUCCUUCUGCAGUUCAGACAAAAAAUUGGCUACAUCCAAAGGGUUGGUUUACUGAGCGCGAAGAGAAAAUUGUUGUGAAUCGCGUCCUUAGGGACGACCCAUCAAAAGGUGACAUGAACAAUAGACAGCCUCUUACGGCGAAAAAAAUCUUUCAAGCUUUGGCAGAUUAUGAUCUGUGGCCCAUUUAUGCUAUUGGGCUAUUAGCUUAUAUUCCUGCAGCAACAAUUACUCCCUACUUAACGUUGACUCUUAAGAGUUUGGGAUUUUCAACAUUUAACGUCCAGCUCCUUACCAUUCCUUACAAUGUGAUACAUAUAUUUUUUCUCUUGAUUAUAACUUGGAUGACCGAGAAGUUCAAUGAGAGAUCAUUAAUAUCCUUGGCCGCUCCAAUUUAUUCGACAAUUCUUCUGGGGUUUAUCAGAUGGUGGCCCGGAUCCAUGGUUCAAGCUUGGCCAACUUUUGCGAUUACUACCCUAGUUUUGGGUACACCUUAUAUCCAUGCCAUCUGUGUUUCUUGGGUAUCACGUAAUUCAAAUUCCAUUAAAAAUCGUGCCGUUUGUUCUGCCCUUUACAAUAUGUUUGUGCAACUCGGAAGUAUCGCUUCAAACCAAAUUUAUCGAUCGAAUGAUGCUCCUUUAUAUCACAGAGGAAAUCAAAACCUAUUUUGGAUUUCUUUCGCUUUGAUUCCCUUACUACUUCUGGUGAAAAUCUAUUACGUGCGCAGAAAUAAGUCAAAGGAAGCUGCGUGGAACGCGAUGACAGAAGAAGAGAGAGCAGAUUAUGUGAUUAAUACAAAAGAUCAGGGGAAUAAGAGAUUAGAUUUUAGAUUUGCUCAUUAA